GGUAGGCUGCAGCCAUUGCACCGCUGAGCAUCCCACAUUCAACAGGAGGGACCCGCAGGACCGCAGCUUCAGUCCCCCGCGCCGCAGCAGUCGAAAGCCCGUGCGCCCCGCACUUCGGAGUACCAUGGCCAAGGAAGGCGUGGAGAAGGCGGAGGAGACGGAGCAAAUGAUAGAGAAGGAAGCUGGCAAGGAGUCUGCGGAGGGCGGCGGCGGAGGCUCUCACCGCCUUGGGGACGCCCAGGAGAUGCGCGUUGUGGUGCUGGCCGGCUUUGGGGGGCUCAACAAGCUGCGGGUCACCAGGAAGGCCAUGCCCGAGCCUCAGGAUGGCGAGCUCAAGAUCCGCGUCAAAGCCUGUGGUUUAAACUUCAUUGACUUGAUGGUGAGACAAGGGAAUAUCGACAACCCUCCCAAGACACCUCUGGUGCCAGGAUUUGAGUGUUCUGGGAUUGUGGAAGCUCUGGGGGACAAUGUGAAAGGAUACGAGAUCGGAGAUCGGGUCAUGGCAUUUGUCAAUUACAAUGCCUGGGCAGAGGUAGUCUGCACACCAGUGGAGUUUGUCUACAAGAUCCCAGAUGACAUGAGCUUCUCUGAGGCUGCUGCAUUCCCCAUGAACUUUGUGACAGCCUACAUGAUGCUCUUUGAAGUUGCCAACCUCCGAGAAGGGAUGUCUGUGCUUGUGCACUCAGCUGGUGGGGGAGUGGGCCAAGCUGUGGCUCAGCUGUGUUCCACUAUCCCCAAUGUGACUGUCUUUGGCACAGCUUCAACUUUCAAGCAUGAAGCAAUCAAAGACUCUGUGACCCAUCUCUUUGACAGAAAUGCAGAUUAUGUUCAAGAAGUAAAAAGAAUCUCUGCUGAAGGAGUGGACAUUGUUUUGGAUUGCCUCUGUGGGGACAACACUGGAAAAGGCCUCAGUCUCCUCAAACCACUAGGAACCUACAUUUUAUAUGGUUCAUCCAACAUGGUGACUGGAGAGACCAAGAGCUUCUUUAGCUUUGCAAAAUCCUGGUGGCAAGUGGAGAAAGUCAAUCCCAUCAAACUGUAUGAAGAGAACAAAGUCAUCGCUGGAUUCUCCCUUUUAAAUCUACUCUUCAAACAGGGCCGUGCGGGACUCAUUCGAAAAGUAGUGGACAAACUCUUAGGGCUCUACAACCAGAAGAAGAUCAAGCCUGUGGUGGACUCUCUUUGGGCCUUGGAGGAGGUGAAGGAGGCCAUGCAGAGAAUCCAUGACAGAGGGAACAUUGGCAAGUUAAUUCUGGAUGUGGAAAAGACCCCAACUCCACUGAUGGCCAACGACAGCACAGAAACCAGUGAAGCUGGGGAGGAAGAGGAGGACCAUGAGGGGGACAGUGAGAACAAGGAGAGGAUGCCCUUUAUCCAGUAACCAGGAGCCAAGCAGGAGGAUGAGGAUGAUGGUUUGAAAGAAGAGCCACUGAGCAAGCUCUUCUGUGCCCUAGUGAACAAAUCCUGUAGUCCAGUGUGUGUUGUGUUUGUCUGCAGUAAGCUGAGCUAAAAAGCUGUUGAUCACUGUUGUUUUUUGAAUUAAGUGCCAAUCCCAUUCCAUGCAGUAUUAUGGCCCUUCCCCUUCAGCAUACUUCCCUCCCCAAUUUCAAAACCCUCUCUUUUAGGGUCCUUCUCAAUGGUUCUAGAACAGCCUUGCAAAUGAAUAAAAACCCACAAGUCUAAAAGACCAGGCCUGGGUAAAGACAGAUUUGGAGAGUAAGAUGGCAUAGCUACACCCUGUUUGGGACCUGGAAUUCUCCAAGCCAGUGACACUUGUGGUUACCAGUCACUUUUUGCUUCUGACAAGAGCACCUGUCAGUUUGGCUGACAGAAAGAGGAUUGUCCAGGAAAUGUUACUGUGAGCUGAUAAAUUUCUGAUCUUUCUAUGUAGUGCUUUCCUUCACCCCCACUUAGGAAAGUGACUUCCAUGCAUUCACUUAGUCAUUCAUGAUCAAACUUUGAACCACUCUCCUAAAACUCUCCAAUGCAUGAGCCCUUUGCUGGUUCUUAUUCAUAAACACAGGGAAAGGGGUAUGGCUUUUUCAAGACACAUGGUAGGUCAACAUCAUGAGUUCUGAGGCUACACUGAGAGGCUUCUCUUCUGGUACCACAUCCCAUGAUAAAAACCUUCCUCACCUCUACCAUAUAUAUUUUAAUUGUAAGGAAACUCAUCCCUUACACCUGUGUUUGUGCACUUGCCAUUGGCAUUACCAAAUUUUACUGUUUUCAUCAAGUAGUGAGAAGUCACUGUGGAUCCUCCAUGGAAUCUUUCCCUUGUAGGCCAGAUUUUUUGGGGAAAAAAAUUGAAUCUCUUUCCUCACCAAAGUAUGUUCCAACAUGUGAUAAUACAAACGGUUGAUGUUAGGUAUCUGUUGCCAAAUGAAAUAGAAAAUCCUGGUGCAGACAUUUUGCAGAGCCCCUGCUCUUUGGAAAUCAGGGACCAAAUUACUUGACUAAAAACUUUUGUCCUGUUUUCUAGCUCCUAGUCCCCUGAGAUAUCCCCUUCCCAAGUCCAUCCCACUUGGUAUGGCUUCAGGUAACACAGUUCCCUGCAUAAAAAGAAAUUGACUCAGUGUCUCCCCAGGUGGGCAACCCACCACCUCCUCCCAGUCCUUUUAGCUGAAAGAGUUGAAUCUAUCACUCACAAACCAAGCUGGAGACUCAAGGAACCCACACAAUUAUCACGCCAACUCUUGUCUCCUGGAAGACAGACAGGGUUCCAAACUGGCCCAAUUUCUCUACCAAUGAGCCUUAGGGUAGACUUAACUCUUCCUCUCCCCGCUUCCAAGUGAUGGAAAUGGACACAUCUCAACAGUGACCUUGUUUUAUUUCCAGAGUCCUUUUGUAACAAAUGUCACUUCAGUAAUUAUGCUCUUUAUUCCCUAUCCUAAGCUUGUGAUGAUGACUUAUUUAUGCCAAAUAUUUAUCUGAAAGAAGUUUCUGCUCAAUGUAAGUGUGUGUGUGUGUGUGUGUGUGUGUGUGUGUGUGUGUGUGCAAUGAAGUUAAGACCAGAUGCUGCCCUCUGAUGAGCAUGUGUAUCAAAAAAAAAAAAAAGACCGAUAAUCUUUUCUCAACCUAGGACCUACCAAUAUUCUAGUUCUGGUCUGUUUUGAGAGUUAGUGUUGAGGUUUUAUCCCCUCCCUAUACAUUUGCUAAAUGUUGUAUUAUUGAUCAUGUUUGUCCUGUAAUCAAGCUGGCAUGGAAUCUUAAGAAGAACCACUUACCCAAGUGACACUCCAAGUGAGCUGUACAGAAAUGGCACUUGCUGGGGGAGCAACUGGUCAUACACUGUUCUCCUUUUCCAGGAGGGUAGGAACUCUACCUUCAGAAUCCAAAUGACCUUCACUAUGAUCACUAUGAAAGCCACUCUUCCCAAGCCUGUGCUUGAUGGGUUCAUAUUUUCAUGCAAAAAAAAAAAAAAAGAAAAAGAAAUCAUGUCAACUGGCUAGGGACAGCCCUUUAUAGCAGAAAAAACAAAAUCAAAAUUAACCACCUAUUGCAUUUUAAUUUUCAGCACCUUCUUUCCCAUCACUUGGUUGUUUUUAUGAAGGAAAUAUAAAGAAAUGUCUCGGUUUGCCUUAAAGGAACUGUGAAGGCUUCAUUGUAAUUUAAUAUUGACUGAAGUGAACUGAAACAUUGUCUAAUGUAUCUGUGGCUUUAGAGCUUUUGUUAUAUUGUGCCUACAAAGCAAAUUAUGUUUACAUAAAAAUAUAAAUAAAGUAUUCAGCAUAGCAUAAA